ACGGCAAUGAAGCAUGAAAAAGAAGACGCGGCAACGGAACGCAAAUAUCCUUAGUGCAGUUCCGCGAGCGAACUUGAAUUGCCAGCAGCAUCGUCGUUGAAAGCACACAAACACAAAUCCAACACAGCAAAUCCGCACAGUGGGGAAGCUUGACAACUUGACACUGCCAACAUGCCCGAAACGGAGAGUUAUUCCAACCCCCUGGCUCCCGAGGGUCACGAUGUGGAUGACAGCAGAUCAGCUGCUCAGUCAAAGUUGACCAAUGAUGACUUCAGGAAGUUGCUGAUGACACCACGGGCCACACCUUCUUCAGCUCCACCCUCCAAGUCAAGGCAUCAUGAAAUGCCAAGGGACUACAAUGAGGAUGAAGAUCCUGCGGCAAGGAGGAGGAAGAAAAAGAGCUACUACGCUAAGCUACGGCAGCAGGAGAUGGAGCGCGAGCGCGAGCUGGCCGAGAAAUACCGCGACCGGGCCCGAGAGCGGCGGGACGGCGUCAACAAGGACUACGAGGAGACAGAACUGAUCAGCACCACCGCCAACUACCGAGCCGUCGGACCCUCGGCCGAGGCGGACAAGUCUGCGGCGGAGAAACGGCGUCAGCUGAUCCAGGAGUCCAAGUUCUUGGGUGGUGACAUGGAGCAUACUCACUUGGUGAAAGGUCUGGACUUUGCUCUGCUGCAGAAGGUGAGAGCUGAGAUCAACAGCAAAGAGAAAGAAGAAGAAGAUAUGAUGGAGAAGGUCCAGAAAGAAGCCAAGAAAGAUGUGGAACCGGAGGAGAAGAUUGAGUUCAAGACUCGCCUAGGCCGCAAUAUCUAUCGCAUGGUGUUCCGCUCGGGCGCGCUGGAGCGCAACGAGCUGUUCCUGCCGGGCCGCAUGGCGUACGUGGUGGACCUCGACGACGAGUUCACCGACACAGACAUUCCCACCACGCUCAUUCGCAGCAAAGCUGACUGUCCCAGUAUGGAGGCCCAGACCACGCUGAGCACCAACGACAUCGUCAUCUCCAAACUGACGCAGAUCCUGUCUUACCUCCGCCAAGGAACUCGACACAAGAAGAUCAAGAAGAAGGACAAAGGCAAAGCUGAUGAAAAAAGAGCUCCCGAAGCUGACAUUGGCAUUUUCGAUGACAUCGGGGACUACUUGCCGUCGGCGACGUCUUUGUCCAAACCUCACAAAGACAAAGAGAGACGACGAGACCGGGACCGAGAUGACGAAAAGAAGCGAAAACACGCCUACUUUGACAAAGAGCAACAGGUGGCGGAGGAGGCAGAUACGGGUCCAGGGUCGGUGCGGGAUCAGCUCAAGUUGAUCAAUGAAAAGUUUGCAGGUACGGCGGGCGGCCAAUGGCAGAGCAAGGAUGCGCCUUCUCAGAGGAAAGACGCUAAAGAACAUCUGGGAGAUUUCUUCGGCGGGUCCAACUCUUACGCUGAGUGUUACCCUGCUACGAUGGACGACCUGGCGGUAGACAGCGACGAAGAAGUGGACUACAGCAAGAUGGACCAGGGCAACAAGAAGGGGCCGCUGGGUCGCUGGGACUUUGACACUCAGGAGGAAUAUUCCGACUACAUGAACAACAAGGAGGCGCUGCCCAAGGCGGCUUUCCAGUAUGGCAUCAAGAUGUCGGAGGGCCGCAAGACUCGCCGCUUCAAGGAGACCAACGAGAAAGCCGAGCUGGACCGCCAGUGGAAGAAGAUCAGCGCGAUCAUCGAGAAGAGAAAGAAGAUGGAGGCCGACGGGGUGGAUGUGAAGCGACCCAAAUACUGAACUUUGUCCGUGGCUUGUUGUGUUUGAUGAAUCGCAUUAGUAAUAGAAUUUGUUGGUUUUAUUCAAACAGGCGCACACGCAAUCCAUUUCAUCUGAUUAAAAAGAAACCUUAUGUGA